CGCCGAUUACAACCUCUGUGUACUUGUGACAACAAGAGAAAGCACCGGCCUUCAUGUUCCAGUUUUUUUGUGAUGCUUUAAAUAUACAGAACGAGGAAAUAAAGUUGUUGUAUAAUAAAGUAACAGAAAUAAGAAGAAUAAACAAUGAAGUACUUGAUUUUGUGCAUAAGAAUGGAAGAUUGCCUGAAAUCGUAAGUGGACUGAAUUUUUUUACUUUUAAAGCGAUCUGAUCACGAAAACUCUGAUUUUGCUUCCAAUCAAGGAGAUAUAAACGCUUCUUACAGCUUCAUAUGCAGUCAGAAUGAAAAACAGCAGCUCGAGCCUGUAACUACGAAAUCCUUAAAUUGCUUAGUACCAGUUGGCGUGAUUUCAAAGCAUACAGAAGAAUUGAGCAGAACAUUAAUGUCACUGGGUUUAGAAUCGUCAAAAUGCAAUCACAUUGUUCAGGAAAUUCUGACCAAUGUAUUAAACACGAAUACUAUUGCUCAUGAGUCCCAGUUAAACCUUGACAAUACAACAACUUCUUUUAUUCCACACUGUGAAAUUGGUUCCUCUAAUUCUGAAAGAACAGACGUAUCUGGUCAUAAUGAAUCGCCAACAAAUACUGAGAACUGUAAUAAUAGUCUUGACCAACCCAAAAAUUACAGUCAGUCUCAGUGUUCUUUAUCACCCACUACCACUAGUACUACUACUACUACUACUACUACUACUACUACUACUAAUAAUAAUAAUAAUAAUAAUAAUAAUAAUAAUAAUACAGUGACUCAUGAACGUCGCCGUCGGGAAUUACUACGUACUAAUAAACGUGUUGCCUUAAAUUCAUCAUAUUCUUUAAACAAUUCAACUGAAACUCAUACCAGUCAUCAUCAAACUACAUCACCAUCAUCGUCAUCGCCAUCAUCAUCUGUACAGUUACAAUCAUUUGAAUGUCAAGCAAUUUGUAUUCCAGAUAAUAAUCAUACAUUAGAUUGUUCUGAUAGGAAGUCCAAAGAAUUAUUUGGUACCACAAUGCCUUUAACAGAUUGUGUAUCACAUUUUGGUGUCUCUGAAGAAUUGAAUACUACCAACAUGGAGAAUCAUUCAAUAUCUUGUCCAUGUGGGAAUCCCCAAAGCUGUCCAUUGUCUAAACAGAAAAUUGAAUGUUUGUCUAAAAAUCCUUGUAUACUUCAUGGUUUCACGAUUCUGGCAGCUGUAUUUCGUGGUCGACUUAUCCGGCAACUGUUAGCUACAAAAAAAGUUAACGAUUUAAUAUGUACUGUAAAAGACACAGCUAAAUUAGCUUUAUCCUUACGAAUAGAACGUCAAUGUACAAUAGUACCGACACAACAAAACACAACAUGCCAAUUUGAACAAUUAUCUGAUGAAGAAUUAUUUUUAGAAUCGAGAUUAAUAAAACAACUUCAUCAUACAUUGAAUGAAAUUCAUGAAAUUUUCUUUCUAUGGCCUAUAGUAAAACAAAUUUCACUUGUGACCAAUUCCAAAUCAGUUAUAUCUUUAAAAUGUAAAAAAUCCAUUACUAAUAUAGGAUAUGAUCAUCAAACUACUGCUACUACUACCACUGUAAAUUGUUCAGCUACAAAAUUCAAUGGUCAAACAUCAAUAAAUAAUAGUAAUAAUCAUAACAGUAAUACAUUACGCAUCCUUCGACAAUUACAACUUGAUCAAGUCAAUUCGUCAUCUAAAUAUAACAAACAAAACAAUGACAAUGUUGUCAAUGGAGAAGUAAAAAGUAAAUGUUUUAAAAAAUGGAAUGUUCCUAUUGUACCUAAUAAACCAAUCAAACAAAUCACCGAUCAUCGUGCUAAUCAUAAUAAUAUUAAUAAAUCCAUCCACAAACAAUCAUUCACUCAAAAUAAAAAAUCUAAAUCUGAAUUAAACAACAAUUCUAAAUUUCAAACAACUUACACAGUCAAUAAAGUCAAUCAAAGUCUAGAUCAUCAAGAUAACAAUGAAGAAAGUUGUGAACAACAACCACAACAGCAACAAUUGUCUAUUAACACUAAUCGAAAAAAUAAUCAACAUUUUAUGAAGUCAUUAUUCAAUCAAUUGACCAAUAAUUCAAUGUCUAGAACUCGGACAUUGUCAUCAUCAUCGUCAAAAUCAAUUUCAACUAGUAGGAAUAAUGCACGGAAUACUGGUGCCGAUCAUGGUUCUUCGUGCACAAACAAUACGUUUAUUAAUCCAAUCUCGUUUAUCGAUCGGACGAAAUCAAUAAAACCGAGAAUAAUACGCCAUUUUAGUAGUAAUAAAAUUGAAUAUAACAAUAAUAAUAAUAAUCAUAAUACACCGCUGAACAGUAAUCAUAAGAAUGAUUCAUUGAAUAUGAUUAAUUGUGAACUGGACACAAAUUUCAAUGAUGAUCAACAAACUUCAGUGGAAAAUGCUAAUGUUCACGUUGAAGUCAACAAUUCACUAAACUUAAAAACAACUCAUUCUGAAAAAUGUCUUGAAAAUGUUGUUGAAACGAAAAUACUAACAACAACCUUAUCAGAACAAAUCAAUAGUUCAACUUUAACACAAUGUGAAACAACUACUCCUACUACUACUAAUAAUAGUAGUAAUAAUAAUAAUAUAUCAUUGGAAAAAUAUUUCCCGGUGAAACGUCGUAUUCUCUCUAAAAAAUCUUCAAAAUAA